AUGGGGACAAAGGUUAAUUCUUUAAAUGCAGGUACAAACUUGGUGUCAAUAGGAGGGCUGCAAGUGUUCAGAAAUCCCAUUGGCAUCAAGGUGGAGACUAAAGGGCUCGAUGGAAAGAAAGGUUGGAAUGGGAUGUUGGAGGAGGAAAUGAGAGAAAUAAGUUGUGCUAUAAGAAAUAAAGACGAAGUAGACUACUUGAGGUUGGGAGGAAAAGCCUUGAAACUGAACAAAUUUCUAGCCAUUGGUGGUCCUGUGCUAACAGGAUUAGCAGCACUUGGCUCCGCCUUUGUGGGGUCUCCUAAUCACGGCUCUUGGGAGGUGGUGCUUGGAGUUGUUGCUGGUGCUUUAGCAAGUGUAGUAAACACAAUUGAGCACGGUGGGCAAGUCGGAAUGGUGUUCGAGAUGUACCGAAGCAAUGCCGGAUUCUUCAAGCUGAUGGAAGAGUCCAUAGAAUCAAACUUGAUUGGAAAAGAUAUGGAGACAAGAGAAAAUGGAGAAUUGUUUGAAAUGAAGGUGGCGUUGCAAUUGGGAAGGAGCCUGUCGCAGUUGAGAGAUCUUGCAAAUUCUUCUUCCGGCAAUGCAGAGGAGGAAAUCGAGGAAUUUGCAAGCAAGCUAUUCUAG